AUGGCCGUGCAGAGGCUAGUGGCGGCAGCGGUGGCAGUAGCCCUGCUAUCCCUGGUCCUAAAUAAUGUUGCAGCCUUCACCCCCAGCUGGGUCCUGCAGGCCCUGGAGGACGGACGCAAGCGGAGUGUAGGACUAUGGAGAAUGUGCCCCAAUGGUGGGGAAAGGGGCCGCGAUGAUCUCCAGGCUGGGAGAAGGGGGCAUGGGCCACAGAGGAACUGCGAAGGUCUGGGAUGGGGCUCUGACUAUGCAGGCUACCAAGAAUCCCGCAGCACUGUCAGAUUGCAGUUUGACAUGAUGCGGGCGUGUAACCUGAUGGCGACGGUGGCCCUGACUGCCGGUCAGCUGAUCUUCCUUCUAGGCCUGAUGGAGCUGCCCUUUAUCACACAGGAAUCACAGUGGUGGGAGGAGGCCAUUGCUGCACUCUUCCAGCUAGCUAGUUUCGUGCUUGUGAUUGGACUUGUGACCUUCUACAGGAUCGGGCCCUACACACACUUGUCCUACUCCUGCUACUUGGACAUAGCUGCUUGCCUGCUGGCCACGGUGGCCGCGGCCAUGCUCAUCUGGAACAUUUUACAUCGCCGCGAUGACUGCCUUGCACCUCGAGUUAUAAUCAUCAGUCGCUCACUGACAUCACCUUUCCACCCACGCCUGGACAAUGACUACGUGGAGUCGCCUUGUUGAGCCAAGUGGCUUCAUAUGCCAAGCAAAUAAAGGACAACAGACAACUCUGACAAGACUGUGCUCUCAGCUUUUCAUGUUUUACUUCAGCUAGGAGAAUCUUAUGUCACAUUCAAGAGAAGAGGGAAUUCAUGUGGCUCUACAACAGCUGGACUAAUAUGUACCUGCAUUUGUAAAAUUCUAUAUUUUACUACUCCUCCCACCAUAAACAAAGACAUCAGAAUUUUUUUCAUUUGCUGCUAGGUGCACAAAAGUCACAGAAUUAACUAAAAUGUAUGUAUAAAGCAGCCCUAAACUACCAAACAUAUUCAAAACUAUAUUUCAUUUAUUCAUGCUUGGGUGACCUGAGUUAUAGCUAAAUAUGGAAUUUGGACGAGGACUGUCUUAUAUGAAACAUCCUGCUUAUUCAAAGAUCAAGCUGGAACUUGACCUGUCUUGUUAUCUGUGCACUUAUUAAAUGGCCUCCUGCAUAAUUAUAAAUUGGAAAUUAUAAAGGAUGUUGAAUCCAUAACACCAGAAUACCUCAUAUUUGUUUUCAUUCAUUUUAAGCUUAUUACAAAUUUUAUACAUAUUAAUAUUAAUGAUAUAUGUUGCAAGUAAGUAAACUAACAACGUAAAAGCAGAAGAGUCACUCUGCCUUUUUGGUUGGGCUUACCCAAAUCAGUGACAAUAUUUUAUUUUAAAACAGCAAAUGAGGUGAUAUUUUGAUAAAAUAAAUGCACCUACUGAAAAGAGGAAAUAUUUUCACGCUAUUUUAAUUAGUCAUAGCCACAUUCCUAUUUUUCCAAUUGAACAAAUGAAAAUAAAAAGACAAAUGACCUGCC